AGUUUCAUAAACUAUUUUACUUUUGGUGGUUAGGUUUCGUUCGUUUUGAUUUCGUUUGAUUACAUUUCAUUGUUUAUUAAAAGUUUCCAUUCCAACAAUCUUCCAGCAUGUAUGAACAAGAAGAUGAUCAAUUCGACGAUGAAGAUACCGAGGAAAUCAGCGCCGAAUUGUGGCAAGAAGCCUGCUGGAUCGUCAUCAACGCCUAUUUCGACGAAAAGGGUUUGGUGCGACAGCAACUGGAUAGUUUCGACGAGUUCAUUCAAAUGUCCGUGCAAAGAAUCGUCGAAGAUUCCCCGCAAAUCGACCUGCAAGCAGAGGCCCAGCACACGUCCGGCGAAAUAGAAAAUCCUCCGAGAUAUUUGCUGAAAUUCGAGCAAAUUUAUUUAUCCAAACCCACGCAUUGGGAGAAAGACGGUGCUCCCUCUCCUAUGAUGCCUAAUGAAGCUAGAUUGAGGAACUUGACUUACUCGGCACCGUUGUAUGUAGACAUUACGAAGACUAUUGUUAAAGAAGGCGAAGAUCCCAUUGAGACGCAACAUCAGAAAACUUUUAUUGGAAAAAUUCCAAUCAUGUUACGAUCGACCUACUGUCUCCUGAGCGGCCUCACCGACCGCGACUUGACCGAAUUGAACGAAUGCCCGCUGGACCCCGGCGGCUAUUUCAUCAUCAACGGCUCCGAGAAAGUGCUGAUAGCCCAGGAGAAAAUGGCCACCAACACCGUCUACGUGUUCUCGAUGAAAGACGGCAAGUACGCCUACAAAUCCGAGAUCCGGUCCUGUCUGGAGCACAGCUCGAGGCCCACCUCCACGUUGUGGGUGAACAUGAUGGCCAGAGGCGGCCAGGCCAUCAAGAAGGCGGCCAUCGGCCAGCGCAUCAUCGCCAUUCUGCCGUACAUCAAGCAGGAGAUACCCAUCAUGAUCGUGUUCAGGGCGUUGGGUUUCGUCGCCGACAGGGACAUACUCGAGCACAUCAUCUACGACUUCGACGAUCCCGAGCUGAUGGAGAUGGUGAAGCCGUCGUUGGACGAGGCGUUCGUCAUACAGGAGCAGAACAUCGCUUUGAAUUUCAUCGGCGCCAGAGGCGCCAGGCCGGGCGUGACCAAAGAGAAGCGAGUCAAAUACGCCAGGGAGAUUUUGCAGAAGGAGAUGUUGCCGCACGUCGGCGUUUCGGAUUUCUGCGAAACUAAAAAGGCUUAUUUCUUAGGUUACAUGGUACAUAGGCUUCUACUGGCUGCUUUAGGUCGUCGUGAACUCGACGAUCGCGAUCACUACGGCAACAAAAGAUUAGACUUAGCAGGACCGCUGUUGGCCUUCCUAUUUAGAGGGUUGUUCAAAAAUCUAAUGAAAGAAGUUAGGAUGUACGCGCAAAAGUUCAUCGACCGAGGCAAAGACUUCAACCUCGACCUGGCCAUCAAAACGAAGCUGAUAACGGACGGUUUGCGGUACUCCUUGGCGACGGGCAAUUGGGGCGACCAGAAGAAGGCCCAUCAGGCUAGGGCGGGCGUGUCGCAGGUGCUGAAUCGAUUGACUUUCGCCUCGACGUUGUCGCAUCUGAGGCGCGUCAACUCGCCGAUCGGUCGCGACGGGAAGCUGGCGAAGCCGCGUCAGCUGCACAACACCCUGUGGGGCAUGAUCUGUCCGGCGGAGACGCCGGAAGGGGCGGCCGUCGGGCUGGUGAAGAACCUGGCGCUCAUGGCGUACAUUUCGGUCGGGUCGCAGCCCUCGCCCAUAUUGGAGUUCUUGGAGGAGUGGUCGAUGGAGAAUUUGGAGGAAAUCGCGCCGUCGGCGAUAGCUAACGCUACUAAGAUAUUCGUCAACGGUUGUUGGGUUGGUAUCCAUCGCGAUCCGGAACAACUCAUGGCGACUCUACGUAAACUCCGAAGGCAGAUGGAUAUUAUCGUAUCGGAGGUAUCGAUGAUACGGGAUAUUCGCGAUAGGGAAAUUAGAAUUUAUACUGACGCUGGCAGGAUUUGCAGGCCGUUGUUGAUCGUGGAGAACGGGCAACUUUUGCUCAAAAAGCGACACAUCGAUAUGUUGAAGGAACGAGAGUACAACAACUACGGUUGGCAAGUACUGGUAGCUUCUGGCGUGGUGGAAUACAUAGAUACGUUAGAAGAAGAAACCGUCAUGAUUGCGAUGAAUCCCGAAGAUUUACGCCAAGACAAGGAGUACGCUUACUGUACCACUUACACCCAUUGUGAGAUUCACCCGGCUAUGAUAUUGGGCGUUUGCGCCUCCAUCAUUCCUUUCCCCGAUCACAACCAAAGUCCCAGGAACACCUACCAAAGCGCUAUGGGCAAACAAGCCAUGGGCGUAUACAUAACGAACUUCCACGUACGGAUGGACACGUUAGCGCACGUCCUUUAUUAUCCCCACAAGCCUCUGGUCACCACGAGAUCCAUGGAGUACCUGAGGUUCAGAGAACUACCGGCGGGGAUUAAUAGUAUAGUAGCCAUUGCUUGUUACACCGGCUACAACCAGGAAGAUUCCGUCAUUUUGAACGCUUCGGCAGUGGAAAGGGGCUUCUUCAGGUCCGUGUUUUACCGUUCGUACAAAGACGCCGAAUCCAAAAGAAUCGGAGAUCAAGAAGAACAAUUCGAGAAGCCAACGCGUCAGACUUGCCAGGGCAUGAGGAACGCCCUCUACGAUAAAUUGGACGACGACGGUAUCAUUUCACCGGGAAUAAGAGUAUCCGGAGAUGACGUAGUAAUCGGUAAAACGAUGACUCUACCGGAAAACGACGAUGACUUGGACGGUACUACGAAACGUUUCACGAAAAGAGACGCUUCGACGUUCCUUCGUAACAGCGAAACAGGAGUGGUCGAUCAAGUGAUGUUGACUCUAAACUCCGAGGGUUACAAGUUUUGUAAAAUAAGAGUACGCUCCGUGAGAAUACCGCAAAUCGGCGACAAAUUCGCCUCCCGGCACGGACAGAAAGGUACCUGUGGAAUCCAGUACCGUCAAGAAGACAUGCCGUUCAGUUGCGAGGGCAUCACGCCGGACAUCAUAAUCAACCCGCACGCCAUUCCCUCCCGUAUGACGAUCGGUCACUUGAUCGAAUGCAUUCAGGGCAAGGUGUCGUCGAACAAAGGGGAAAUCGGCGACGCGACGCCCUUCAACGACGCCGUCAACGUGCAGAAAAUUUCGACGCUGCUGCAGGAGUACGGCUACCAGCUGAGAGGCAACGAGGUGAUGUACAACGGUCACACGGGCCGCAAGAUAAACGCGCAGAUCUUCUUGGGGCCGACGUACUACCAGAGGCUGAAGCACAUGGUGGACGAUAAGAUCCAUUCGAGGGCGAGGGGCCCGUUGCAGAUACUCGUGAGACAGCCGAUGGAGGGUCGCGCCAGGGACGGCGGUCUGCGUUUCGGGGAGAUGGAGAGAGAUUGUCAGAUUUCGCACGGGGCGGCUCAGUUCCUGAGGGAGAGGCUGUUCGAGGUGUCCGAUCCGUACAGGAUUCACGUGUGUAAUUUCUGCGGGCUCAUCGCCAUCGCUAAUUUGAGGAAUAAUACGUUCGAAUGCAAAGGUUGUAAGAAUAAGACGCAAAUAUCUCAGGUUAGGUUGCCCUAUGCGGCGAAGUUGUUGUUCCAAGAGCUGAUGGCGAUGAAUAUUGCGCCCAGACUUAUGGUUUUAUAAAUUAGGUUUAAUCAUUUUUAUGAUGUAGUAUGUAAGUGUGAUAGAGUACUAAUUUUUCUACCUUUAAAUAAGGCAAUUAUUGCGAGUUCUGGGCGGGAGGAAAAAGUGUUAAAAAAAAUCAUUUUCCCAAAUUUAUUAAACAGACACAACACAAACGAAGCAAACUCCUGAAACCUUACGUUUUUAAAGAUAUAGUUAACUAAUAACUUCGAAUACUAUAAUUGUAUGAAAAGUUAUAAACACAUAUUGAUUACAUCGCAGAUUAUAUUUACAUUCAUAUUGUUGCCUCUUUGUAAAUAUUAAAGCUAGCAAAUUUUUAGGAUCGUUUUCUUCUCGACCUAGAGAAAUCACAAAAGUUUUCUCUUCACAUAUUUUUUACGGCGGUUUUCUUAGGAUAAACAUUAACGUACAUUGGAUUAUUUUCGUUCCAAAAUAAAGUUAAUUCGUAGUAUUUUUGAUAUCAAUAUUUCCCUAAUAAACGACCGUUCUUUUUAUUAUUUCCUUUACUUUUUAUGAAUACAUUGAGAAUAAAAUAUUUGGGUGUAUUAAAUUGGUAUAAUUUUAUUUGAGUAAAUUGAAAUGUAUUAUACAUAAAAAGUAAAAGACAUUUACGUAUAAUUUCUACAAUAUGUAGACAUUCCCAUGAAGUACACAUAACAUCGUUAUUAGUAUAUUAUUA